AAGCAAACAAAGUCUGAAAAACCCUAAACCUCGCUCGCCCAUCCCCACCCCACCUCCUCUGUGGAGCAAAAGCGGCGCAAUGCCGCUCUUCCGCGCGGCGGCGCUCCGCCGGCUGCUCUCCACCGCGGCGGCUUCGUCGGCACCCCCGAAGCUAUGGAACCUUCCCUACCGCCUCCGGCGCGCCGCCGUCCCCGCCGCGCGCGCCGCCGUCUCCGAGUACCUCCACGCCACGCGCUGCCUUCCCUCCUCCCACGCCGACACCAUCGCCGCGCGCUCCCCGCGCUCCCUGCACGCCUUCCUCGCCGGCCUCCCCGCUGUGCCCAGCUCCCUCCGCACCUCCGCUUUCCCCUCCCUCCUCCGCCGCCACCUCGCCUUCCACCCGCUCAACGAGCUCCCCUUCUUCCUCGAGUCCAUCGGCCUGCCCCCGACCACGCGCUCCGACCUCAUGUUCCUCGCCGACCACCCGUCCCUCCUCCCAGCCGUCGCCGCGCUCGCGCAUUUCGGCUUCCCCUGGUCCCGCCUCGGCCUCCUCUUCCCCACCGUCCUCCUCCGCCUCCCGCCCGACCUCAUCACCUCCCGCCUUGCCUCUCUCGAGGCUUGCCUCGGCCCGCUCCCCCGUGCCGCCAUCAUCGCCGCCUGCCUCGCCUUCCCCUCGCUUCUUGAGAACGAUCUCUCCAGCAGUGACCGUCUCGUCGACGAUCUUGGCAAGGUGUUUGGAAGGCUGGGCCCUGGUUUGGGGACCUCCAAUGACAUUGAUGCUUUCUUGGGGGUUUGCCGCAGGACAUGGAUGUUCUAUGAUGCUGGUUCAGAGGUCGGGGGCAUUGGGGACCUUGUCGGCUGCAACAACCAGAGGGUGUUUCUUGAGCUUGAGGAGGAGAGGAUUGGUAAAAUGUUGAAGUUUUUCAAGGGGUUGGGGAUGGCGGGAGAGGAGGUGGGGAGAUUCUUGCUUACCAAUCCCAUGGUUUUUUAUCUUGAAUUUGGUGAUGUUGUCAUUUCGGUGCCGGAGUACCUGAGGAGAGUUGGUUUGGCAGUGAAUGAGGUUAAUGCAGCGGUGGAGAAGCACCCGUACGUUGUUGGGAAGAACCUGCUGCAGAACCUCCCUGGUGUGCUGCGGGCAAUGGAACUGGAUCAUUGGUUCCUGGAGAAGAUUUCUGAUGGUGGGGAGAGUUUGCGGUAUUUAUUUCCAGAUUUUGUGUUGGAGGAUGUUAGUUAUGACGUUGAGAUUGAGCGAGCAUUCUUGGGAGGGAUGAUUAAGAUGAAGGCUGAUAAAAGAGCUCAGCAUAUUGACGGCAAGCUGGAAUUCUUGAAGAGCAUUGGAUAUGGUGAGAAUAAGAUAGCCACAAAGAUAAUAGCCGUACUGCACAGCAAUCGGGAUACUCUGCAAGAGAGAUUUGAUUGCCUCCUGGAAAGAGGGUUGGAGUACAAGAUGCUGUGUCAGAUCGUGAGUGUAUUCCCAAAGAUUCUCAACCAGGGAAAGAAGAUGCUUAAUGACAAGUUGAACUAUAUGACUAAGGAGCUAGGAUACUCAGUGGAGUACCUCGAGUUAUUUCCAGCAUUUCUGUGCUUUGAUUUGGAGAACCGGGUAAAGCCUAGGUAUACAAUGCUUCGGUGGCUCCGAGAGAAUGGUCUUCUUAGAAGAACAUUAGCCCCUGCAACUGUGCUUGCUAACUCAGAGAAGAGGUUCAUUUCCAACCUGUACAAUGUGCAUCCUGCAGCUCCAAAGCUGUGGCUUGAGUGCUUUUCUUCAAGAAAGCACAUGGAGUAUUAUCUCAGGAACAUAUAUCACCAGCAUGCUGAUACCAAAUAAUUUAAUGUAUUUAAUUCUAUUGAUACGAUUCUGAGAGGUUAAUGAUUGUUACCUGCGAGUCUUUUGUGGCAUCCCUCUCCCUAUUGAGGGUACUUCUUAGUUGCUACAGGUGGUGCUGAUCAUAAAGUAGUAAGGAAUUUCUGUUACAAUCAGAAACAAUGGCAGGACUGUCGAAGAAGCUCAUGAAAAAUAUUGAGAAUACAACCCAAAUUGCAAAGGAUGGCAGGACUGUCUAAGAAGCUCAUGAAAAACAUUAAGGUUGCUAAUGAAGCAAGAGUUGAUGUCAGGUUGAAGAUAAAUCCAAUUUUGUCUCAAAGAUGCUCUUGAUAAGUAAGCAUUCAACUCCAACAGUUCCCUUUAUUCCUUUAUUUUUCAAUUUUGGUGAAAUGCAUAUGUACUAUUUCUUGUGUAUUGUGGUCACACUUAUUUUAGCAGAUUCUCAGAACUGAUUAGGCUAAUAUGAGUUUCAUAAGACAUUGUGUUUUGUACUUUUGUAUGGCUACAUUCACAAGAUUUUGAAGAUUCAAAUAUGUGUUGUUAUGUUGGACCAUUACACCCCAUUAUGUUGUUUACUGUUGUUUACUUCCAGCAACCUGUCAGAAAUUUAAUUCGAGGUUUCUAUUCACAAAGCUGGGAAGUUGCUUUAUGAUGAUAUUGCAGUUGAUUUGCUAUUAACAGAUAAAAUAGUUUUGUAUGGUAUGAAUUGAUUUUGUUCUGCCACCAUGUUUGCUCCCACCUGAACAAAUUAAUUGCGUUAUCCACGGUAAUUUGUAAUGAAAACGACAAUAUUUCUAACCCCCCCCCCUUCUUCUGUAGUGCUUCCCGAUCACUGGCACUGAGCAGGCCUUGCUCUGCUCUGGUGCAGACUCAAUGGUGUUGAUCCCUACCAUUGGUAUCUUUCCCUAGUCCAAUCCAUGACAACACCAAGGUCGAGCGAAAUCCUCUAUGGACCUCAUCACAUCCCCCCCCCCCACCACACUGUUUCUUGGCAUGUCAUAUCAUUGUACUAAAGAAGAAAGGGUAGAAUCCUGAGUACACACGUGCACCUUAGUAGAACUCAGAUUAUGUUCACGCCUAUGACAAAAGACUACCAACAACCACCUCUAAAAGACUAAGAUCCAGGCGAUAGGGCUCUUAGGAAAGAGAGUCCUCAAGCCCCAGCCAAACUCCAGAACUGCACUUUUUUCUUGGCAAGUAACAGGGUGCUCGUCAGGUUAGGAGUGGCACCAUCAAACACACAAUGGUUUCUAUGCUUCCAGAUAAUCCAUGCCCCAAGGAUGACAAGUGAGUUGAGGCCCUGCUGCAUCUGGCCAUUAACAGCAUCACUGGGCAUGCUCCACCACUCAUCAAAGUUUCAGCCUGUCGAGGGUCACCCUAAUGUGACAGGGUGUUGCAGCGGCGAGCAAAAGCAAUGGCCACAUCAGAAGAGCGUGCCUGUUGGCCCAUUCCGUGAUUUUCCAUUGGACUGAUUCAGCUGAUGGACUCAUCCUGUUCUUGCAAACGCUGUAUCCGAGCAACUGAGCAUAUAGCUUGCUAUAUUUAGUUGCUUGUGUAUUCAAUGCUAAGCCAUUAAUAUGUGCUCACAAAUUGCUCCCUGUGUUAGUACAUAAGAGGCUCUCCAGUAAAGCACCUGUAAGGUGCAUGUUGAAAUGCCUCUGUGUGCUACAGAGGGAAGUGAGCAUAAUGUUUUUAGGAAGAGCAUUACCUUUGCUCAUUUCAGAAAGUAUUAUGUGUUAGAAAGAUAGUAAGCACCAAUUCGGAGGUGAUAAUUAAUUUCUUCUUUAAUUUCAUUGCUAUUAAUUUGGUAGUCUUAACAGAUGAUCACUCUCACUCUUUGUCUCUCUCCAAUCUGCUUAUAUAUGAGUCCGCCAACCUUUUUUUAUAAACACUUAACAGAUUUAUAGCUUUUCUCAUAGUAUUGUGCUACAAAUUGUUGUCAGGCAUGAAGACAAUGGGGAGAAAGACGCUUAAUUUGUCAAGAAAGGCCUGGGUUUCAGGGAUUUAAGGCUCUUCAAUCAAGCUCUUCUUAGUCGACAAGCGUGGUGGCUAAUUUCCUUCCCUGACAAUCUUUGUGCUCAAAUUCUAAAAGCCAAAUACUUCCCUAACUGUGACUUGAUAGAUGCAGUUUUCCCUAGCGAUUCUUCUCCUACCUGGAAAGCGGUGGAAUAUGGUUUGCAACUUCUUAAAAAGGGGUUGAUAUGGCGCAUUGGUGAUGGAAAGAAGGUUAAAAUUUGGCGUGAUCAGUGGAUACUGAGGGAGACUUCUCUCAAAUUGGCAGGCCAGAAGGGUAGGUGCCGGAUGCGAUGGGUUUCUGAACCGAUUAAUCAGGAGGACAGAUCAUGGGAUGUUGGACUGAUAUAUCAGGUGUGUCAACCUUGUGAUGUCCCUGAAAUUCUGAGGAUUAAACUACCGCAGUAUCAGUCGGAGGAUUUUCUUGCUUGGCACUAUGAGAAGUCGGGUGUUUUCUCAGUUUGGAGUGUUUAUAAAGUCGCCUUGAAGUCUCAGCUGCCUUCCAAUAUGGGGGCAUCUAGCUGCUCGGCGAGUGGAGAACGGAGCAUCUGGAGAAGAUUUGGAACUCAGUUCCAAAUAAGGUUAAGAUUUUUGCUUGGCGUGUGGCUAAAGGUGGCUACUAUGUGCAACCGGAUAACUCGAAAAAUGGAAAAUAAUGCUAUCUGUCGCAUUUGUGGUCUGGAGGAGGAAGAUGAGUUCCACGCUUUUAUUUCAUGUACAAGGGCGCGGGAGCUCCGUGACAGACUGCGCCUGGAAUGGCUUCUCCCGGCUGAAAUCUGUUGGUGAGAUCAGGGCCGGUUGGCUGUUGAUGAUUCUGCAACAUGUGUCAAAGGAUGUGAGGUCCUGCUUUCUCCUCGUUCUCUGGAGGGCGUGGUUCUUACGAAAUGAUAUCUUGUUUGGUGCGGGUCGGGCGAGUGUAGAGGGAUCCUUCCUUUUCCUGCUAAGUUACUGGGAUUCUCUUCGGCAAGAUAAACAAAACUGCCCUAAAGACUCUGGAUCUCCAUGGCAAGGCGAGUUGUUGUCCUCAGAGAUCGGAGCCGGUAAAGGAAGAUGGAGUUCAGUUCUCUAACUGGAGGAAGCCUCCGGUGGAUUGGGUCAAGGUUAAUUCGGAUGGUGCCUUUGUCAGGAGUACGGGAGAUGCAAGUGCCGGGGUUGUGAUUCGGGAUCAUGAAGGGCGGGUUCUUCUGUCUUCUUGGAAAGUGAUAAGAAAUUGUGGGUCGGCAGAGGAGGCCUAAGUGCUGGCUUGUCUGGAGGGCAUAAGACUCACGGUGGAAUGGAUUAAGCAGCCGAUGAUCCUAGAGAGUGAUUGCGCAAAUGCGGUAAAUAUGCUGAAGAAUGGGCCGAUGGACAGAUCACUGCUGUGGCAUAUUCUCUCCGAGGCUAAAGCCAAGUUGAAUCUGCUUCCCAGUGCUAGGAUUGGAAAGAUCUACAGAGCUGAUAACGGUGUUGCCCAUAGUCUUGCUCAGCUGGCUCUGAAAUCUAAGCAAUCUACCGUGUGGCGUUUUCAAGUUCCUGUGUGUGCGUGCGAGCCUUUACCUCGAGAUUGUAAUGCUCCUGGAGUUUAAUAUAUUUCAGUUUUUCCUCACAAAAAAAAAAUCUUCAAGUCUUUUUCUUUCUUGAAAAAAAAAGACUUCAUUUCUUUAAGUAUAAAACUAUGGUGAUGUCUACAGAGGAAAUACAUGCUACAGUUUUA